UCGUGUUGCUUCCCGGUUCCCGGUGUUCGGUGCAGCGGCUCAGCUGCUUCCCGCUCCGUUCACACGUUCAUCUUUUAUCCUCCUUCUGUAUGAGACACUGAUCCAUGACGGCCAACAGCCGCCGGUCCGAUACCGAGCCUCCGGGCCUGGAGACCCAGCGGCGGGAGGUGGAGACGCUGCUGCGGGGGGGGGAGCUGCGAUCCGGGGACAGCUGGUACGUGGUGGAGCGUCACUGGUUUGAACAGUGGAAGCAGUUUGUAGAACAUGGAGAUCAGAACUCGUCGUCGUUUCCGGGUCGGAUCGACAACAGCGAGCUGUUCGAGGACCUGGACUCGUUCCACAUGAAGGAACGUCUGGUGGAGAACGAGGACUUCCUGUUGCUGCCGGCUGAAGCCUGGAACAAGCUGCUGUCCUGGUACGGACUGGUGGAGGGGCAUCCACCCCUGGAGAGAAAGGUGGUGGACCUGCCCAGCACUCUGAAGGUGGAGGUUUACCCCGUUGAGAUCUUCCUCUGUCUCCAUAGCAACAUGGAGAACGUCACCACGGCACAGUUCAGCCGCACCGACAACAUACAGUCGAUCCAGAAGCUGAUAUGUCGGCUCUUCUCGGUGCCUCCCGGCUCAGAGUGCCGUCUGUGGAUGAAGAGUUCGGACAGCAGCUGUGAGCGUCUCAGGAACAUCUACGUGAGCGUGUUGGACGCCUGUCUGAGCUCCGGGAUGACGGUGAUCAUGGAGACGAGGAAUGCAGACGGUACCUGGCCCAGCUCCAGACCUCAGAUCAUGAGGAACUCUGUGGAGGAUCAGGACUCUUACCGAGGUCAACCUGGAGUCUGUGGACUCACUAACCUGGGAAACACCUGCUUCAUGAACUCUGCCCUGCAGUGCCUGAGCAACACCCCCCCACUGACGGAGUACUUCCUGCUGAGCUCGUACCUGGAGGAGUUGAACUUUAGUAACCCUCUGGGGAUGAAGGGUGAGAUCGCCGAGGCUUACGCUGAUGUCAUCAAGCAGAUGUGGUCCGGACGCCAUUACUCCGUGGUGCCGCGCGUCUUCAAGACCAAGGUGGGGCACUUUGCGUCUCAGUUUUUAGGGUACCAGCAGCACGACAGUCAGGAGCUUCUUUCCUUCCUGCUGGACGGACUCCAUGAAGACCUGAACCGGGUCAAGAACAAAGAAUACAUCGAGCUGAGAGACGCAGAGGGCCGACCGGACCAGGAAGUGGCGGAGGAGGCGUGGCGUAACCAUCGGCGACGGAACGACUCGGUGAUCGUCGACACGUUUCACGGCCUUUUCAAGUCCACACUCGUCUGUCCCGAGUGCCACAAAGUGUCAGUGACCUUUGACCCCUUCUGCUACCUGAGCGUCCCACUUCCUGUCAGCAAGGAGCGCGUCAUGGAGGUCUUCUUCGUGUCUCUGGACCCGUACGCCAAACCUGUGCAGCAUCGUGUCGUCGUUCCUAAAGCGGGAAAAGUGUCCGACCUCUGCUCCGCUCUGUCAGAGAUGACCUCCAUACCUGCCACACAGAUGGUGGUAGCAGACGUGUUCAACCAUCGGUUCUAUAAGAUCUACAAUGCUGACGAGUCUCUGAGCUGCAUCCUGGACCGAGACGACAUCUUUGUGUAUGAGCUGAGCGUGCAUGAGGAGGAGCAGCAGGAGGAGCAGCAGCAGCAGGAGGAGGAGCAGCAGGAGGAGGAGCAGCAGCAGCAGCAGCAGGAGGAGCAGGAGGAGGAGCAGCAGCAGGAGGAGCUGCAGGAGAGGAAGGAGCAGCAGCAGCAGGAAGAGCAGCAGGAGCAGCAGCAGGAGGAGCAGCAGGAGGAGCAGCAGGAGGAGCAACAGGACGAGGAGCAGCAGCAGGAGGAGGAACAGGAGGAGCAGCAGGGGCAGGUGCUGCUGGCGCUCUACCUCAGAGAGCGCUCCCACUACAGAGACUACGGCUCCGGCAGCAGCUCGUACGGAACGUCGCUGUUCGGACAUCCGCUGCUGCUCAACGUACAGAGAAACAGCUGCAGCAGAGAGAAGCUUUACCAGCUGUUCCUGCAGAGACUGGCGCGUUAUGUGCGACCUCCUGACCCCUCUGAGGAGCUGGAAGAGGAAGAGGAGGAAGAUGAUGAAGAGGAAGAGCUCUACAAGACUCAGACCAACGGCAUCAGUGAAGAUGAGGACGACGCAGAGCAAGCCAGCCAAUCAGACGACACCACUGAGCCCGGCCCCGCCCCCCCGCAGCCCUCAUUGGACCACGGAGACGAAGCCGCAGCCAAUAACGGCACUGCGACCCGGAGCGAGCCCCCCGGCAACACUGACCCCACCGACAGUAACCACGGCAACCCCGCUGCCCCCGGCGACGGUGCCAACAGUCCCGACCAAUCAGAGCCGGCAGCUGAACGGGACACCACAGAAGAAGAAAAGGAGGAAGACAAGCAGGAAGCGGCAUGUUCUCCCAGCCCGCCAGCCAAUGAGCAGCCAGCUAAGAGGAGGGCGUGUCACAGGAAGAAGAAGUGUCUGUUCACCAUCGCCGCGGUAACCUCCAACGGGACCACGGAGAGGGGGGGCGGAGAGGGGGGCAGCGCGGUGUCCUUCAACUCUCAGAGCUUCGUUGCCAUCGACUGGGAUCCUGAGAUGAAGAAAAGAUUCUACAACGAGAACGAAGCCGAGAAGUAUGUGAAGCACAGCAGCAUGGAGGUUCCUCAGCAGCAGAGCAGCGUCCAGCUGCAGGAAUGCAUCCAGCUGUUCACUACUGUAGAGACUCUGGAGGAGGAGAACCCAUGGUACUGUCCUGUGUGUAAGAAGCACCAGCUGGCCACUAAGAAGCUGGAUCUUUGGUCUCUGCCUGAAGUUCUGAUCAUCCACCUGAAGAGAUUCUCUUACACCAAGUUCACCAGAGAGAAGCUGGACAGCAUCGUGGAUUUCCCCCUCAGAGACCUGGACUUCUCCGACUGCCUGCUGAAGAAGAGUCUGACCAAUGGGGAGCCUCCGAGCCGCUAUGACCUCAUCGCUGUGUCCAAUCACUACGGAGGACUCAGAGACGGACAUUACACCAGCUACGCAUGCAACAAGGAUAACAGUCGGUGGUAUUACUUUGAUGACAGCAAGGUGACCUACGCUGGAGAGGACCAGAUCAUGACCAACGCUGCCUACGUCCUGUUCUACCAUCGCCAGGAUAAGAUCAGGAAACCCACUCUGCCCGCGCCCAGCACAAGCCCCGCCUCCUCCACGCAGGCCGCCAACGACAUCACUUCCUGCAAAGACGACGACGACGCAGAGCUGGGUGCCGCCUCCUCCUCCGUCACCAUGGAAACGGACUGAUCGAAGCGCGGAGGUUACUGUAUCGGAGCAGCCGGCCUUUCCUCCUCUUUUAAGUCUUUUCAAGUUUUUUUCUUUUACGUUUUAGAUUUUUGUGAUUUCCCAGCAACACUUGAACGCAUCAUUGAGCCAAACAUCUGCAGCCAGAUGCUGAAGCUCGGCGCUCGGUGCAGACUCACUGAUCUCAGUCAUUAUUCAACUGUUUCUAUUUGGGUCAGUUUGUUAAUUAAAACAAUAAAUAUUAAAAAGAUGAACGUCACAUUAUUUCUGCUUUUUCUGAUCGUUGAAUCUUUUGAAUCAGAUUUCAUUCCUUUAACUUCUGUCAUAAAAUAAAAUCAGUUUAAAAACUCUGAAACUAGAUUAUAAAUGUUCUUCCUGUGAAGACAGAAACAUAAGAUAAUUAUUAAUUGGACGAUUUGAUCAAAUUGAACUGUAAUUGUUUUUCAGCUUUCAGGUAUUUUUAAGUCAUCGAGACCUAAUUUUACAAAACUAUUAAUUUAUUCACUCUUUGUUUAAUAGUUUACAGUUUAUAAACGUACUCAUUGAUUUAAAGGUGGAAACAGAUUUAUUGGAUUAUUUGAUUUAAAGUGAACAAAGCUGACGAUAAUUCACUCUUUGUAUAUUUUGGUUUUUUUCUUCUGGUAUUUAUUUUUUUAAUGGAAUAAUUUGUCACAUGACGUCAGGUUGAAUGAUUAGGAUCGCUGGUGCAGGACAUUAAGAUGCUUAUUUUCAUAUUUAUAGAUGAUAUUUGUAUUCAGACACAGAAUGAGAGGCUACAGCGGCUCUGUGUACAGUAUUUUUCUAUUGUAAGAAAUGUAUAAUUAUUAUUAUCAUUGCUGAGCGGGGGGGGGGGGCUUUCUUUGG